CAAGUAUUGCUGAUCAUUAUCAAGCAUAAUCCACGCGCAUCAAACUGUUCAAUCAAUCAUGUCCUUUUUACAUCCAAUCUCAUCGAUUACGAUUCUCAUUUCAUUAUUGUUCAUUGUUUCUAUUUCUGGUAAUAAAAAGAAUGAUCUAAAAUAUAUUCCACAACAUCAACCAUUAACAUUUAUUGGUCAUCAUGUACCACAAUUACCAACUUGUCCACCGGGUUUGACCUAUUCACCGAAACACUAUCAAUGUUUACCCAAAUAUGUUGCUGCACACGUACCGACCAUCACUGAAAUUGAAAUUGAACCAAUAGUGACGGCUAGCCAUUCGAAUCCAUAUUCAGUACCUGCACAAGUACCAGCCAUAGCCGAAAUUGAGAUUGAACCAAUAGUGACUGCCAGCCAUCCGAAUCCAUAUUCAGAACCUGCAGCUGUAGCCGUACCGAUUGCAGCAGCGAUAUCACCCGAAAUACAAACUAUAGCUGAGAUUGAAAUUGAACCAUUAGCAGGACAUGAUAAUCCUAUGAACAGUUUAGCCGAAUUAAUCAAUCUUGCCUUAAUUAAAUUCGAUCGUAUGGAAAUGAAAUUAGAUGUUGCCCUGUCCGGUGUUAAUGCAUUGAGUCAAGUGAUGGUUCAUGUUUUACCACAGUUGGCCCAAACAUGCAAAGAACAAGAUGAUAACGUAGCUGCUAUUUUUCCAUUUUUCGGUGAAAUGAAUUCAAAUUUAGAAACUGCAGCUUCUUUUGCUCCACUACAAACAAUAUUAGAUCAAAAAAUGUUCGAUGCAUUCAAUGCAGAAGAUUCUGAAUUAUCAUUUUCCAGUAAAAUUGAUUCACAAAAUGAUGAACAACAAUCGGAACCAAUCGACAAUCAACAAACAAAGAAACCGAUCAAUACUGAUCAAAAACAACAACAAUCGGUUCAAACUUCAAUGAAUGGGACUAGUACUAAUGAGACGAAAAAAAAUCUUAAAGAGAAAAAAGUGAGCAUAAAUCAAAGUGAACAAUUACGAAAAGAAGAAAAUGAAUCCCGGCAACGUCUUAUGGAAAAAAUUCGACAACAAACCAGCAGCAAUAUUGAAACUUUUCAAUCAAUCAACAAUGGACAACAAUCAAAACAAACAUUGAAAAAUAUGAAUAAAAAUUAAAUUACAAUUAAAA